AUGGUUCUUGCCAGCACUCACAACCUCGGCAUUGAAGGGCUAGCGAGUUUGGCUGACGCAGUCAUGGAAGUCGCAUCACGUGCUACCAUGACCUUGGAUUCCGUUCAAGCGCCUCAAGUCGAUGCUCCCCCAAGUGUACCUCCCUGCCCUGACGCCAACUCGAAUAUCCCAUCCUUCGCCACUCGUUCACAGCAAGUCGCUCACCUGACUGAAUUAGUUGCGGCGAUCCCGCUCUCCGUCGUCACGUCGCCACCGUUUCCGGUCCCGCACUCGGUCUCCUCGCCAUCGCAGCCCAGGUUCACGCGACAGGAACGGGCUUUGCUGGUACCAUCACCGCUUCGGCCAGGAAGCCCGACACUGCUUCCAGCCUUGCGCGUGGUCGGGAAACCCGCCGGCCAACCACUAGUGGCGGCGAGUGGACGCGGCCCUAAUGAUUGCCGCCUUUUUCACAUCGUGGACCGUACCUUCGGCAUGCGUCUUCUCCUGGAUACCAGCGCUGAUGUUAGCGUGAUCCCUGCCUCGAAACUCAGCCGCCGCUCCCGAGAACCUUGCUUAUCCCUCAAGGCGGCCAAUUCAACCACCAUCCCUGUAUACGGCCAAAAGUCCUUAACCCUAAACCUUGGAUUGCGACGAAGCGCCUCGUGCGACUCCUUGACACACCUGUCUGUGCACGGAAUUCGCGCCCCGGCAAGUCCCCAACGAGUUCUUUCCCUUGCUGAGCCAUCUCCUCCUUAUGCUAUCAUACUAAAGGAGUUUCUCGCACUCACCAAACCACUUGACUGGAACCAGCCCGUCCAACACGACGUUUUACAUCAUGUGCUUACUACUGGCCCUCCUGUUCACUUUCGACCACGGCGUCUCGCUCCCGAGAAGUACAAGAUUCCCAAGGCUGAAUUCGAUCACAUGUUGGAGCUCGGCAUCAUCCGCCCAUCAUCCAGCACCUGGGCGUCACCCCUACAUAUUGUGCCCAAGAAAACGGGCGACUGGCGGCCUUGCGCAAGCCUGGAAGGGGCCACAACGUUUUCGCAAAUUGACUUGGUUCGAGCAUACCAUCAGAUUCCUACGGCCCCGGAGGACAUCCUCAAAACAGCCCUCACCACGCCAUUUGGCCUGUUUGAAUUCUUACGGAUGACCUUCAGGUUGCGCAAUGCGCCCCAAACCUUUCAAAUGUUUAUAGAUCCUGUCACCCGCGGGCUACCUUUCGUGUACGCCUAUCUAGACGAUCUUCUGGUGGCCAGUCGCUCUGCAGAAGAGCACGCCCAACACCUCCGCACCCUCUUUGCACGCCUGGAACAUCAUGACAUCGUCAUCAACGCCACAAAGAGCGAGUACGGAGUAGCAGAGCUCGAUUUUGUCGGCCAUCGCAGAAACAGCGCGGGAAUCUCACCACUACCAUCCAAGAUAGCUGCUAUCCGCGAUUUUCGCCGCCCAACUUCAGCCACCAAGCUCCGGCAGUUUCUCGGAAUGGCUAACUUCUAUCGCCGUUUUGUGCCCGCCUGUGCCUCUACGCUCCAGCCUCUGGAAGCGCUUCACUGUUCACGCAAUAGUCCGCCACCAACCCUACAAUUGACAGCAGAGGCUACCAGGGCUUUUGACAAGAUCCGAGACGAUAUCGCCGCAGCUACGCCCUUGUCCACCCACGGCAUGACGCUCCCACGAGCUUAA